AUGAAAAAGAUUUGCGUUGAGAGGAGACGUAAGGUUAAAAAGAGGCAGGGUAUUUGUUUGUAUUUACUGGGAAGUACAGAACAAUUAGCUCUUAGGGCUAGGAUGUCAGUGUUGAAUCAGAGUGGAGAAGAGCAGGUGGAAUGUCCCCUGUGUAUGGAACCCUUGGAGGUGGACGAUCUCCACUUCUAUCCGUGCACAUGUGGUUAUCAAAUAUGCAGAUUUUGUUGGAAUCGUAUUCGGGAGGGAGAGAACGGUUUGUGUCCAGCAUGUCGGAAGGCCUACCCGGAGAACCCGGCAGACUUCACUCCUCUCAGUCAAGAGCAGGUAGCGGCAAUAAAGACGGAGAAGAAGGCGCGCGAACAGAAGCGGCGCAACAAGACGUUAGAGUCGCGGCGCGCGCUCGCCAACGUGCGCGUCGUGCAGAACAACCUGGUGUUCGUCGUCGGACUGCCCGUGCGCCUCGCCGACCCAGAGAUUCUCAAACGGCAAGAGUACUUUGGAAAGUAUGGCAAAAUUCACAAAGUAGUUAUAAACCAAAGUACUGCAUACGCAGGGUCACAGGGUCCGUCCGCGUCCGCGUACGUGACGUACGUGUCGCCGUCGGACGCGCUGCGCGCCAUACAGGGCGUGAACAACGUGACGCUGGACGGCCGCGUGCUGAAGGGCUCGCUCGGCACCACCAAGUACUGCGCCAACUUCAUGAAGAACCAGCCCUGUCCGAAGCCCGACUGCAUGUACCUGCACGAGCUAGGUGAUCCAAAGGCGUCGUUCACGAAAGAGGAGAUGCACGCGGGCCUGCACCAGGUGUACGAGCGGCGGCUGCACACGCAGCUGCUGCAGCGCGACCGACCCGACCGCGGGGAUGAGAAGCAAGAUGGCAGUUCUAGUACGAAUGCAGAAAAUGGCAGUAAAACUAAAGAUGGCAAUCAAUCUAACUUUAUACCGACAACAGUGGUCACAUCGUCUCAAAUAAAUGUAGUCAGCACGUCGAAAUCAAAGAAGGAAACAGUGAAUGGUACAAGUAAUAACCAAAACGGUAACAGUAACGGUAACACUAGCGGUAACGGUAAUGGGAACAGUAAUAGCAAUAGCAACGGCAAAGAGGCGUGGCCGAGCCUGGCGUGCUCACCGCCCGCCGACAGCCCCAAGCGGCCUAGUCCUGAACCACAUGCAGUUAACUCACAAGAAAACGGCACAUCAGAAUCUUCCAGUCCGACACUCCAAACACAACAAUCUCAAACCAAACACAAAGAAAACCACACAGAUACAAAGUCUAGCAGAAGUAACAAAGACAGCAAUCACACAAACGGUAUCAGCAAAAAGAGCAAAGAAGGCAAAUCUAAACAGAAAAAUAGCAACAGCAUCACACAGGAACCCGAACCAGACCUUCCCGAGAGCAAACCAGAAGAUAAUAGCAUUCAGAAUUCAGUAUUCGAGAACGACUCACAGAGCUAUCUAUCAAACGAAUUGGACGAAUUAGAAUCGGACAGGCACAGUUUGCUGGAAAACCAUGAUUUGUUAGAUAAUAGCGAUCACAGCCUCUUAGAUGAUGAUACUCACAAUUUAUUGAAUGACGCUAACAAUGAAGUUAUGAUGAUGCAGAGGCAUAAAGAAAUGUUAGCAGGGCUCGUUGAUAACCACUUGAUUCCUCAAAUGAAACCAAUCAACGGAUACGGGUUGUUAGAUAGGGAUACUUAUCUUACAAAUGAUAGGCCAUUAAGUCAUAAUCCGGGUCUGAUGGACCAGAAGGAACUGAUGCGCAGCCGGAAUCUGCUCAUGAGACAAAACGAAAUGCUCGCGAGGCAACACAAUGUUAUGGUGGAACCAAAGCACUAUAUGCCCACGCCAAGUAUAGGACUUGAGUCUGCUAGUGAAUUAUUAGGUGCUAAUUUUCAUCCAAAUCACAAUAUGCUUCCACCAUUCGGUAUGAGAGUAGAUAAUUCUAUGGGUUCAAGCGCUUUAGGAAAUAUAAUGACAAACACAUUAACCGCAAAUUCAUUAAACAACCCCAUUACAAACACACUGGCAAACUCUAUGGGUACAAAUAGCAUGUCUGCAAAUUCUAUGGGGAAUACCAUGGGAAACACCAUGGGAAAUUCUUUGGCAAACUCAAUGGGAAAUUCAAUGGGGGCGUUUAUGCUUCGCAAUCAACAGAUGCAACAACAAAUGCAAAAUCAGAUACCAUUGCGAAACGAUCUUCCAAACGGUUUCGAUACGCCACAGGCUAGCGAAGGUCGCUACCAAGCGGAGACAAUGGGCAAGUUCUUCACGGACUUCCACAAGGCGCAACAGAUGCGGCUGCUGCUGGCGCGCGGCGAGGAGCGGCGCCACGACCGCCACGACCUGCCGCACAACAUGCUCAGUGCUGAGCGCUUGGAGAUGGAGCAUAAACAGAGAAUGAACAACAUGCGAGCAAACGAAGGUAUGGGGGCGAGUGCGGGUGGUGCGGCGGGUGCGGGGCGCGCGGCCGGCGACGGAGACGACGAUCUCGACUUCGACCCCUUCAAGGAGACGCAGAAGGCGCUAGCCGAGAUGAUGGAGACCGAAGUCAUGCUCAACACCAUUUCUAGCGGUGACAACAUGGAGCGCGUGCGUCGGUCCCGACUGCCGCCGCCCGGUUUCUCGCACAUGAACACUUUCGGCAUUGGCGUGCCCCGCCACCAGGGACAUCACCAAGGUUACAAUUCCAACAACGCGAUGUUCUCAGAUUGGACCCAAAUGGACCCAGCCAUCAUGUCCACAUCGGUGAACUUCGGCAAAGCUCCACAGAGCGGUCUCAGCCAGCAGCAGCAGGAACUGUUCGCCAGGUUCAACCAUCUCCAAGUGCAGCCGAAUGGGGUCAAACUGCCCCCCUGGCCCCAGCAAAAGCUCCCCUGGCCGCAGCACCCUGCCCCCUACAACGCCAUCCCCCUGCCCCCGGGCUUCGCCCCCACCAAGAAUAACCAACACCCAGCUGAAUGCAUCGACGCCAAG